UUUUUAUCUCAGUUUAUUCAUGGAGCUGAUGAAGGGACCACGAGUCGAAUCUAACUUAAGAGUUUUCGUAUUCAAGAUUCGAUUCAACACUCGGGUCACGAAUUUAAGAAAGACGUUGAAUAUUAUCAACUCUGCUAGUGAGGAGAUUAGGAACUCCAAAAAACUGAGGGAAAUUAUGAAGACAAUUUUGUUCCUAGGAAAUACAUCGAGUCCGAGAAGUCCCAUAGCUUCUCCUCUUGGGUUUAAACUUGAUUGCCUUUCGAAACUGACAAAUACAAACGCGGCCAAUAGGAGGAUGACACCUAUGCAAUAUAUUUGUAAGAUCCUUGCCGAAAGGUCACCAGAACUUAUGGAUUUUCACAAGGAUUUGAUCAACUUGGAAGCUUCCACAAAGGUACAUUUGAAGACUUUAGCAGAGGAAAUGGAAGCCAUUAACAAGAGUGUAGAAAAUACGACGAAGGAAUUCAUUGAUGCAGCUCAGGCCGACAUGUCAGCUUUAACGGAUUUAUAUUCCACGGCGAUAAGAAAAGCAGAUGAACUUCCGCGAUAUUUUGGCGAAGAUCCUGCUAGGUGCCCAUUCGAGCAAGUGCCCAUGGCGCUUCCCCUCGGCAAGCUGACCAUCAUACUUGGUGCAGGCCUUGUAGGAUCAGUUCUUGCGAAAGAAGGCAGGAUAUCUAACGUUUCUGAUUUUUUCUCUGGUGCUUUCAAGAUUGUUUUCAAGCAACUUAAAAAAGAUGAUUCAGGUGCUUCGAGUUCCAAGCCAAGAAAUGAUCUUCUGGUGCAACAGGUUAACAGUAUUCGUCAGGAGUUGCAACUUUUGGCAUCAAAUAGAUCUAUGACAAUUGUCACCGGUGACCGAUCAGCAUCUGGCAAAUAUGGUGUGCUUGUUAUUGUUGUAGUUGUUGGAUAUGGUUACAUUUGGUGGAAGGGUUGGAGACUUUCUGAUAUGAUGUUUGCAACAAGGCGUGGUUUAAACGAUGCUUGUUCAUCUGUGUCUAAACAGCUUGAGAAUGCCACGAGAAAACAUUUGUCCUCAAGGAUUGACCGUGUAGAUUGUAAAAUCGAUGAGUGUGCUGAUAAUGCAGCUGCCACAAAAGAGGAAGUAUUGGAACUACGAGGUGAUGUGAAACUUAUUGGUUCAGAUGUGGAAUCUGUUCACCAUGUCGUCCGAUCACUGGAAACUAAAAUUAGCAGAAUCGAAGGUAGACAGAAUGAAAUGAAUUUCGGAGUUGGGAAGUUGGUUACAUUCGUUAGGAAUCUUGAAAAUAGCAGAAGUACGGAACAGAUCGAGGGAGGCGCAUCAAGUUCUGCUAGGCCUGCUCUUGAAUUGCCACAAGUAUCUCCAUUACGGGUAGUGUCUUUGCCCCCGAAUGCUUUACCCGAGCCACCAUCACCUUCUAACAAGGCCAGUGAAUCUUCCCGAAGCAAACAGGCUGUACUCUCUCCUUCGAAUUCAACAAAGAGUAAAGUUUUUUCGUCAGGCCUGAAGGAGUUUGGUGGGAUAUCUGAGGAUGUUGGGAUUUCAAGCCUAACCGAAUGUCACUCUGAAGAAACAAAAAUAGACACAAAACCUGAAACCGUGUCUCCUGGUGUGAUCGCUAGAACUUUCUCCGGACUCGGUGCAUCUUUGCUUACAAGGAGCCGCAGUGCGAUGCAGUCGUUCAAGUAGAUCGUUGUGUUUUAUUAAUUGUGAAAAAUGGAACCUAUUUAGUACAUUUUUUGGGGUCACAGCUGCUGAGAUGGCGGGUCGUAUAUGCUUUUUUGAAUUAAUAUCUAUCGCUACCCGGAAAAACCAAAUUUUGUAGAUCCUUUCUCUUACAGAAUAUUUUCCCCAGAGGAACUUGCUCAAGUUCCUUCUAAAUGUUGGGUAUACAAUUAGAGAGUAGGGAGUGAAACAUUGAAUAGCAAAGAUCUCAACUUUUUGUUUAUCUUGUGUUCUCUUAUGGCGACUAUUGUAAACUUGUUGCCCCAGCUUGUACUAAUACCAUGAUUAUGUCAGAUUUUGUGUUUGCAUCUUGAAGUCUGAAAGUCAUCAUCAACAUUGGUACCUGACCCCUAUGAUUAUUAAAAAAUACAUGUAAAUGGUAACAAGACACAAAAAUCUCCAUGUCACGAAGACAUAC